UCAGCCUGAUCCAGGUGACCGCUCACCUAACCAGAGGCUCUGCUCUUUAUUUCUGCCUGUUCGGAACCGGAGCAGGAGCGGGGUUCGGUUUGAUUCACGCCGCCGGAUCUCAUCUCAUGAUGGGACGCAGCAGCCGCCGCCUGCCGCCAGGAUGAGCCAGAGGAGCCCCGCCAGAGCCUACGACUUUCUGCUCAAGUUCCUGCUGGUGGGCGACAGCGACGUGGGGAAGGGCGAGAUCCUGGCGAGCCUGCAGGACGGAGCCUCCGAGUCCCCGUACGGACACAACAUGGGGAUCGACUACAAGACGACCACCAUCCUGCUGGACGGGAGACGAGUCAAGCUGCAGCUCUGGGACACGUCUGGUCAGGGGCGGUUCUGCACCAUAUUCAGAUCUUAUUCCAGAGGAGCUCAGGGAGUCAUCCUGGUCUACGACAUCACCAACCGCUGGUCCUUCGACGGAAUCGAUCGGUGGAUCAAAGAGAUAGACGAGCAUGCACCAGGGGUUCCCAAGAUCCUGGUGGGGAACCGCCUCCACCUGGCCUACAAGCGCCAGGUGACCACGGAGCAGGCUCAGGUGUACGCCAGGAAGCUGGGCGUCACCUUCUUCGAGGUGAGUCCGCUGUGCAACUUCAACAUCACCGAGUCGUUCACCGAGCUGGCCCGGAUCGUCCUCAUGAGGCACGGCAUGGAGCGGCUCUGGAGGCCCAACAAAGUGCUGAGCCUCCAGGACCUGUGCUGCCGCUCCAUCGUGUCCUGCACUCCGGUGCACCUGGUGGACAAGCUGCCGCUGCCUCUGGCCCUCACGUCGCACCUCAAGUCCUUCUCGGUGGCCACCGGCCUGAACGCCCGCAUGAUGCACGGACGCUCGUACUCGGUCGCCGCCGCCCAGCACGGCGCCGCCAAGAGGACCGGGGGCGCGCUGCUGAAGAAGCCCAAGUUGAUCCGGCCGCCGCUCAGCCCGUCUGCUCAGAGCUGCAGGAACAGCUGCAAGAUUUCCUAACGGCAGCGAACGCACCGCCGGUGUGUUCAGGGCCUGAAGGCGUCAGAGGCCGCAUCAGACUGUGUGAGCCGGCAGCAGGAAACCAAAGUGUCCGCCUUCAGAGUGUGGUUGGUGUGUUUCAACUGCACCUGGAUGACUGUAGAGGAGCUGACGUCACGUAAACAACCGUCAACAACAGUAAACAACAGUAAACAACAUAAACAUUGAAGGACCAGGACAACUUCUUGUGUCGGGACAAUGUCAGGGAAAAUAAAUCUGAGAAAGUAGAAAUAUUUUGAGAAAACUUCUUCAAAGACAAAUAAAUGUAUUUUGGGAAUAAAUUUUAAAAAAUCAUGUUUUAAAAAUUUUCUAAAAAAAACCAAAACGGCGCUAAAACAUCUGCUCAGUUUUCUGACACAUUCAGUGUUGGAUCAUGUGGGAUAUAAAUAAUGUUCCUGUCUUGACCAGGAAGUGCUCCAGCGUGACUCCAGAGUGACAAACGUCCAGCGUCACGCUUCAUGUUCAUGUUCUGACCGUUUUUCUCUUAAACAGUAAAACUCUGUGAGACGUGCUGCUUGGACGAUUUCUAUUUUAAGUUGAAAUACAUCAGUUCUGACUUGUUUUGGGCCCAACCAGAAUAUUGGACUGAUGUGUGAACUGUUGGACGAUUUUGUCUUUUUUCUCACUCACUGCAUUUAGUUUUUUUAUCUUCAUCAAAAUAUUUCAGAUUUUUAAUUUCAAAGCAGUUUUUUUUUUCUCACUUUAUUCUGAAAACAUCACAAUAUUUAUAAAAUCCACUUUUUUCCCAGAAUUUGAACAGCAGAAUGUUAAUAUAACUACUAAACCUUUAAAUGUUUCUUGUAAAAUUGGACUCCUGUUUAUAGAUUCCCUGUUUUUUUCUGGACUGUUCUGUUUGUUCUGACCCGGUUUGACUCCGUCCUUUACAGAGGAGGAGACUUCAGAGCAGAACCGUCUCGUGGGAUGAAGGUGAAGUCGUGACGUUGAACCCUCGCGUGGUUCUGGUUUCAUUUCGGCCGACUCUUCCUCUAAAUCUUGUGCAGGACGUGUUCUGUGAAACACACCUGGACGACGCCUCACCUGUCCACAGCAGCACCUGGAGCCUCGCGCUGCUCCGCUGAACCUCCUGUGAUCUGUGUACAAUAUUUGUACGUGUUGUAAAUACGCUGUUUGUUUCAGGAGGCCGCUGCUCCGUCACAAUAAAGUCUGUCCUCCGUCACACA